AUGAGCUCCUCCAGCACCCUCCCCGCGCUGCGCACGCAGCCCAAGGCCAUCUUCUUCACCGACUUCGACGGCACCAUCACGCUGCACGACAGCAACGACUGGAUGACGGACAACCUGGGGUUCGGCGCCGAGCUGCGCAGGAAGGGCAACAGCGACGUGCUGCACGGCGCGCGCACCUUCCGCGACAGCUUCCAGGAGAUGAUGGACAGCGUCAACACGCCCUUCGACCGCUGCAUCGAGCUGCUGCUCCAAAACGUCAAGCUCGAUCCUGCAUUCAAGGAGUUCUGCACCUGGUGCGCCGCCAACAAUGUGCCCAUCGUCGUGCUGAGCGGCGGCAUGCAACCUGUUAUUCGAGCGCUGUUGGCGCACCUUGUCGGCGAGAAGGAGGUCCAGGAUAUGCAGAUCGUGAGCAAUGAUGUCAAGGCCCGCGAGGGCAAGAACAUCAAUGAGGAGGGCGGGUGGGAUAUUGAGUUUCAUGAUGACAGCGAUUUUGGCCACGACAAGUCUCUCGAGAUCAGGCCUUAUGCCGCGCUGAAGGACCGCCCUGUCAUGUUCUAUGCUGGAGACGGCGUGUCCGACCUGUCUGCUGCGAAGGAGACGGAUCUGCUGUUUGCUAAGGCUGGCCGAGAUCUCGUCACGUACUGUGAGAGGGAGAAGGUACCAUUUACCACGUUCAACGACUUCUCGGACAUCCACAAGAUCGUCACCGACGUUGUUGAUGGCAAGAUGAGCGUUAAAGACGCUGCUACUGGGAAGAACUAG